UCUUCCAAGAAACAACAGAGUCAUACAUACAUAUAUAUAUUGAUAUAUUACUGAUUAUUUAUAGCCUAUACACAUUAUUUAUUGAUUUAUUUUUUGUGGUUUGUACUCCUGCCCAUAAACUUCAAGAAGAAAGAACCAUACAAGGCUUACUAGAAGAAGCUAUCAUUCAACAACAGAAAGAAAAUGGCUCUCAAAAAGAAAUUGAGAGCUAUAUUGCCUAGUUGUUUCAUGUCCAAAAGCCAUCCCUUAGAGUCCAAAAAGCAUGUUCCCAACCAACAUUCCUCCGCUCAAAGGUUAUCACUCUCUGAUAUAAGUGACCCUGGUUCUCCACUCUCUGCGGAUGACAUCUCUAAUUCUCUCAUUGGAUCAAAUCUUCAUAUUUUCACACUGGCAGAGCUCAGAGUGAUUACUCACGAUUUCUCGUCAAGUAAUUUUCUUGGUGAAGGCGGUUUUGGACCCGUGUAUAAGGGUUUCGUGGAUGACAGGACUAGACCUGGGCUUAAGGCUCAACCAGUUGCUGUCAAGUUGCUGGAUUUGGAAGGCACUCAGGGCUAUAGAGAAUGGCUGACUGAAGUCAUCUUCCUUGGGCAAUUGAGACAUCCCCAUCUAGUGAAGCUGAUUGGUUACUGUUGCGAGGACCAGCACAGACUUCUCGUGUACGAGUACAUGGCAAGAGGCAACCUGGAGAACCAACUAUUCCGAAGGUUCUCUAUUUCACUGCCAUGGUUGACAAGAAUAGAAAUUACCGCCGGCGCUGCAAGAGGCCUGGCUUUUCUUCAUGGGGAAGAAAAACCCGUCAUCUAUCGCGAUUUCAAGACUUCAAAUAUCCUAUUGGACUCGGAUUACACUGCUAAGCUCUCUGAUUUUGGGCUAGCAAAAGAUGGUCCAGAGGGCGAUGACACACACGUCACUACCCGAGUCAUGGGUACGCAUGGCUAUGCCGCACCUGAAUACAUCAUGACAGGUCAUUUGACAACUAGGAGCGACGUUUAUAGCUUUGGAGUAGUGUUGUUGGAACUGCUAACUGGAAAACGUGCCGUGGACAAAAGUCGUCCCAGCAGAGAACAGAAUUUGGUGGAAUGGGCAAGGCCCCUGUUGAAAGAUCUGCAUAAGAUUGAUAAAAUUAUGGAUCCGAAGCUUGAUGGUCAAUACUCGUCGGAAGGGGCGAAGAAGGCGGCUACACUGGCAUAUCACUGCUUAAGCCACCGUGCCCGAUCUAGACCUACGAUGGACGGCGUCGUGAAAAUGUUGGACAACAUUUUGGACUUAAAAGAUGACAUCCCGGUCGGGCCAUUUGUGUACAUUGUGCCCAAAGAAGGGAAAAUGGCAGCAGAGGCUCAUGAGCUGACUUCAGAAAAAACAAAAGGGCACGUGAAAAAUGAGGGGGAAAAGAGGGUUCCCGGCAACAAUGGACGAGAAGAAGACGACGACGACGAAAGGGCAGCCGAAUUGAAAAAGAAAAAAAAUGGAAAUGGUUGCCAACGAGGCAGAAAAGGACAUACGCAUAAGCAUCGAAUCAGGUCUCGUGCUGUUUACUCCGAUACCGCUCUCUAUACAAAUCUAAGGAAAGAAUUUAAGCUGCCAAAGGCCAAGGAGCUCAAGAUUGUGAAGAUGGACGCCUGCCCAUCCCAAUCGAAAUGUACAUGAGGAUUCAAGAAGGAUUAAGGACGCCAGUUAUUUGUUUUUUGGUUUAUUCUUUUGGGUAGUCAUCAGCCACUUACCUUUCCUGGAAGAUCAGCUCAUCUUCCCUAAUAGCCUCAUCCCUGCAAUUUUUUUGAAGCGAGAAAAAUUUUGAGUUGUAUAUAAAUCUCUUUAUCAAAUAUUUUUGGGUCCGUUUGGAAGCUAUAUGUGUU